GCCAAAACAGGAACAGGGGUGGCAAAUCACUGUGCGAGGGCGAGUGGACCUCCCUCUUUGCCUCCUCCCUAUUCCAGGCGCAGGUCCCUGGGCUCUGCGCUGUUGUUUUUUACACUCGGGAAAGCCAGCACUUCAGAGCCAGGCAAGUGAAUCAAACCAGGGAUUUUCCGUUCAGCACCUCGGACAGAGCACGCAGCAAAAAAUGGCUCCGAUCACUCCCAGCCGGGAAGAAUUUGAUGAAAUCCCUACAGUGGUAGGGAUCUUCAGUGCAUUUGGCCUCGUCUUUACAGUCUCUCUCUUUGCAUGGAUCUGCUGUCAGAGAAAAUCAUCCAAGUCUAACAAGACUCCUCCAUAUAAGUUUGUGCAUGUGCUUAAAGGAGUUGAUAUUUAUCCUGAAAACCUAAAUAGCAAAAAGAAGUUUGGAGGAGAUGACAAAAAUGAAGUCAAGAACAAACAAGCAGUGCCAAAGAAUUCAUUGCAUCUUGAUCUUGAAAAGAGAGAUCUAAAUGGCAAUUUCCCUAAAACAAACCUCAAAGCUGGCAGCUCUUCUGAUCAAGAGAAUGUAACCCCAAAGCUCUUUUCAGAAGGAGAAAAAGAGGCAGUUUCCCCUGAUAGCUUAAAAUCCAGCACUUCCCUUACUUCAGAAGAGAAACAAGAGAAGCUGGGAACCCUCUUCUUCUCCUUAGAGUAUAACUUCGAGAAGAAAGCAUUUGUGGUGAACAUCAAGGAAGCCCGUGGCUUGCCAGCCAUGGAUGAACAGUCCAUGACCUCUGACCCAUAUAUCAAAAUGACGAUCCUCCCAGAGAAGAAGCACAAAGUGAAAACCAGAGUGCUGAGAAAGACCUUGGACCCAGCUUUUGAUGAGACCUUCACAUUCUAUGGGAUUCCCUACACUCAGAUCCAAGAGUUGGCAUUGCACUUCACAAUCUUGAGUUUUGACAGGUUUUCAAGAGAUGAUAUUAUUGGAGAAGUCCUUAUUCCUCUUUCAGGAAUUGAAUUAUCUGAUGGAAAAAUGUUAAUGAACAGAGAGAUCAUCAAGAGAAAUGUUAGGAAGUCUUCUGGACGGGGUGAAUUACUGAUCUCUCUCUGCUACCAGUCCACCACAAAUACUCUCACUGUGGUUGUCUUAAAAGCUCGACACCUACCCAAAUCUGAUGUGUCUGGACUUUCAGAUCCCUAUGUCAAAGUGAACCUGUACCAUGCCAAAAAGAGAAUCUCCAAAAAGAAAACUCAUGUGAAGAAAUGUACCCCCAAUGCAGUGUUCAACGAACUGUUUGUCUUUGAUAUUCCUUGUGAUGGUCUUGAAGAAAUAAGUGUUGAAUUUCUGGUUUUGGAUUCUGAAAGGGGAUCCCGAAAUGAAGUGAUUGGGCGGUUGGUUCUGGGUGCAGCAGCAGAAGGAACUGGUGGGGAACACUGGAAGGAGAUCUGUGACUUCCCCAGGAGACAAAUAGCCAAGUGGCACAUGCUGUGUGAUGGUUAGCCAUGAGUUGAAUAAGGCAUUUUAUUAGGCAAGGAGCAAUUUUCUUUCUUAUGUGUGACUGGAAGCUUGUGACACAACAAGCUACCUAAUUAUUGCUAUUAUUUGGUAAGAAGUGAUUGAAUUAGUAGACCAGAAAGUAACUGUACAUGUGUGUCAUGAUAAUUUCCCCCUUUCUUAGAGAAGUUGGACAAAUUUUCAUAAGAUAUUUGAUUUCCUCUACAGUAAUAAAAGUGGGGAUGGUCAAGCCCUUUAUGAGAACUGCACCAAAUUCUCAA